GACGCGUGAUUUCUUUUUUAAAUUAAAGCCAAACCAGAAUAUGUGAUCAGGAGGUGUUGGGUGAUGAAGGAGGCUUUUUUCUUUAUCAAGCUGAUUUUUUUUUUUCUUCACAUGGGUGGACCUUCACUUCUGUGGAUUUUAUAAAGCAGGCUUUAGAGAAGUUGGAAAUGUAAGCUGCCUCCCUUGGUCUUUAGAAACCAUGGCCUGAUUAUUGCAAUACAGAUGAAAUCAUUUUAAGCUCUUUAAGAAAAUAGAAAUGGUGUGAAAAAAGACCUAAAACGUAGUUAUAAACAUCAUCUCUGUAACAUUGAACACAGCAGCAUCAUGGCUCAGAGCAAAAGACACAUAUACACCCGGGUGACUAGCAGCAGCAGAAUGAAUACGGAGGGGACUGGCAAACCUGCCAAAGUUGGCUCUCGGGUGGAAGUGAUUGGAAAGGGUCAUCGAGGUACAGUGGCCUAUAUUGGAGCCACACUCUUUGCCACUGGCAAAUGGGUUGGAGUCAUUCUUGAUGAUGCUAAAGGAAAAAAUGAUGGUACAGUUCAAGGCAAGAGAUACUUCGUCUGUGAGGAAAAUCAUGGUAUAUUUGUUCGCCAGUCACAGAUCCAGCUAGUUGAUGAUGGCACUGACACUACUUCUCCAGAGACCCCAGAGCCUGCUAUAGCAAAAGUCCCCAAACGAGAAGUGUUGGAAACACCAAAAUCCAGCAAACUGCGAGGAGUGAAACCCAAGAAGGUGGUGCAUGCUUCUGUCUAUAUACCAACUCAGAAGAAGACCACCACCAGGCGAACUAAGCCAACUAGGCCUUCCAGUUCUGCAGCAUCCAGUGGUACAGCCGGUCCCUCUGGUUCAGCUUCUGCAUCGGGAGGAGAGAUGAGCAGCAGUGAGCCAAGCACCCCAGCCCAGACUCCUUUGGCGGCACCAAUGAUUCCUACACCAAGCACUGGCUUGCCGUCACCUGGAGCACCACCACUGCCAACUCCGAGCAAAGAAGAGGAAACCUUAAGAUCUCAAGUAAAGGAUUUAGAAGAGAAACUGGAGACUCUGAAGAUGAAGCGUAGUGAAGACAAAGCAAAACUGAAAGAACUAGAGAAAUAUAAGAUACAAUUGGAACAGCUGCAGGAGUGGAAGAGUAAAAUGCAAGAACAGCAGGCUGAUCUGCAGAAGCAACUGAAAGAAGCUAAGAAGGAAGCUAAAGAGGCCUUGGAAGCUAAGGAUCGGUACAUGGAAGAGAUGGCAGACACAGCUGAUGCCAUUGAGAUGGCAACUUUAGACAAGGAGAUGGCUGAAGAACGAGCUGAGUCACUGCAACAGGAGGUGGACUCACUUAAAGAAAAAGUAGAGGAGCUGACCAUGGAUUUGGAAAUCCUUAAACAUGAAAUUGAAGAGAAAGGGUCUGAUGGGGCUGCAUCUAGCUAUCAUGUCAAACAGCUGGAAGAGCAGAAUGCCAGGCUGAAGGAAGCUCUUGUUCGCAUGCGAGAUCUGUCUGCCUCAGAGAAACAGGAGCAUGUAAAGUUGCAGAAGCAGAUGGAGAAGAAAAACGUUGAACUGGACACUCUCAGACAACAAAAGGAGAAACUGGUGGAAGAGAUGAAACAAGCAGAGAAGACCAUUGAUGAACUGAAAGAGCAGGUGGAUGCUGCACUGGGUGCUGAGGAAAUGGUGGAGACUCUUACUGAAAGGAACCUUGAUCUAGAAGAAAAAGUUCGGGAGCUGCGGGAAACAGUCAGUGACUUGGAGGCAAUCAAUGAAAUGAAUGAUGAACUACAAGAAAAUGCACGAGAGACAGAGCUAGAACUACGAGAGCAGCUAGAUUUAGGAAAUGCACGAGUCAGAGAGGCUGAAAAGCGAGUAGAGGCUGCACAGGAGACAGUAGCAGAUUACCAGCAAACCAUAAAGAAAUACCGAGAUCUUACUGCACACCUGCAGGAAGUCAAUCGAGAGCUAAUUAGUCAACAGGCUUCAGCAGAACAGCAGCAGCAGCCACCACCAGCGGAAAUGUUUGAUUUUAAGAUCAAAUUUGCUGAGACCAAAGCUUAUGCUAAGGCCAUUGAAAUGGAGCUACGGAAGAUGGAAGUGAACCAGGCAAACAGACAUGUAACGCUGCUCACCUCCUUCAUGCCAGAUUCCUUCCUGCGUCACGGUAGUGACCAUGAUGGCAUCCUCGUCCUGCUCCUUAUCCCCCGUCUCAUAUGUAAGGCUGAUCUGAUAAGCAAACAAGCACAAGAGAAAUUUGAUCUGAAUGAGCAUUGCGUGGAAAGAACUGGGCUACGGGGUGCAGUGGGUGAGCAGCUGAGUUUUGCUGCAGGACUGGUGUACUCUCUGAGUCUGCUACAGGCCACUCUGCACAAAUAUGAACAGGCUCUUGGGCAGUGCAGUGUUGAAGUCUACAAGAAGAUUGGCAGUUUGUAUCCAGAGAUGAGUGUUCAUGAACGCUCUUUGGACUCUUUGAUUGAUCUCCUGCAUAAAGACCAGCUGGAUGAAACUGUCAAUGUGGAGCCACUCACCAAGGCCAUUAAGUAUUAUCAGCAUUUAUACAGCAUCCACUUAUCAGAUCAGCCAGAGGAUUGCACCAUGCAAUUAGCAGACCACAUAAGAUUUACGCAGAGUGCUUUAGAUUGUAUGGCUGUAGAAGUUGGAAGACUCCGCUCUUUUCUUCAGAUAGGUCAAGAAGCCACUGAUCUGGCCAUUCUACUCAAGGACCUUGAAACGUCCUGCAGUGAUAUCCGACAGUUCUGUAAGAAGAUUCGUCGCCGUAUGCCAGGAACUGAUGUACCUGGUAUUCCUGCAGCACUCACUUUUGGGCAGCAGGUGUCAGAAACCUUGAUGGACUGUCGAAAACAUCUAACCUGGGUAGUAGCCGUACUACAGGAAAUGGCUGCCGUAGGUGCACAGAUGCUUGCACCACUUUCUGAGCAAGAGGGUUUAUCGUCUCUAAAGUUAGAAGACAUGGCUUUUAAAGCUGCAGAGCAGAUUUAUGGUGCCCAGGGUAUCAGCCCCUAUGAUUGUUUUCGCCAGUCUUGUAGCAUUGUUAUUGCCACCAUGAAUAAGAUGGCAACUGCCAUGCAAGAAGGAGAGUAUGAUGCAGACAGGCCACAAAAUCGGCCAGUUCCACCUGUUGAACUAAGGGCAGCAGCUCUACGUGCAGAAAUCACAGAUGCUGAGGGCUUAGGACUGAAGCUUGAGGACAGAGAGACUGUCAUCAAGGAGCUCAAGAAGUCUCUAAAAAUCAAGGGUGAAGAGCUCAGUGAGGCCAAUGUUCGUCUGAGUCUUCUAGAAAAGAAGCUGGACUCUUCUUCCAAAGAUGCUGAUGAAAGGGUGGAGAGGAUACAAACAAAGCUAGAUGAGACUCAAACUCUCUUGAAGAAGAAAGAAAAGGAAUUUGAAGAGACAAUGGAUGCCCUUCAAGCUGAUAUUGAUCAACUUGAGGCUGAAAAGGCAGAGCUGAAACAGCGCCUCAAUAACCAGUCGAAACUCACUAUGGAAGGACUUCGUUCUUCUCCUUCAUCAGGAAUUGCUUCCAUUGUUGGUGGAAUUGCUACAGAGGAUCAACUGAAAGGUGGAGGUGGUAUACAGCCAGGCCUUGGUGGAGCCGGACCCCUCCAAGUUAUUGAUUCUCCUCUCCUGAUGCAGCAGAUCAAGGUGCAGCGUCUCUGUAUCAAGCACUUGAAGGAUGAGAACAACCGUUUGAAGGCCGAAAAGAUGAAUGCGCAGUUAGCAUCACUGCCACCCCUACGAGUUUCCAAAUUACCACUGAAGGAAGGGCUUGGAAAAGAGAUGCAGUCCAGUGCACUUUACCGAAAAACUAAUCAGCUGUUGGAGACUCUGUUGCAGAUGAGUGCCAGCACCAAAGUAAUAGACAUUACUGGCAAAACCCCAGGGAGCCCUACAGCACAACUUCUGGAGCAGACCGCACGUCUAAAGUCAAUGAGUGAAACCCUGGAAAAACUGAAGGACGAGGUUUCCCAGCAUGUUGUGUCGCUGCACCCAGGUGCCCGUGUGCCUUCGGACUUUGCCACAUUCCCGUCUCCCUUCUUUGUAAAGGCUAAAGAGGAGCAGAAGGCAGACACCGUCUUCAUUGGUAAAGUGUUGAUCCCCUGUGCUCGUGGCCAGGAAGAAGUACAUCGACUGGUGUUGAAACAACCAGAACUGCACAGAGUCCAUCGCCUGCUCAUCUCUUAAUGCUCUUGUGCGUCAGUAACACGACUCGCUGCGAGUUCCUUGUUUUGUUUUGUUUACACCAAGUCCUGAUCAUUAAAGCUGUGCAGACACAGACUUAUUACUUUUGGGGUAGGGGAGCAUUGGGAUAUUUAACUGUAAAUCUUAUUCUGUGUGUGGCCUUCCACUUGUUAUCAAUGAAGCUGAAAUUUCUCCCCUGCGCUGCUUUCAUAUCAGAAAUACAAGAAAGAGUUUGGAACUUUGCCGCUUUUAUUUGCACAGCAUUUCUUUCCAUCAUAGCUUUCUUUCUGUGUCAUUUAAAGACUGGUGAUGAUGGAUUUCGAGUUUCCUAAUAAGCACUAAUAUCUGAUCAGAGGUGCUCACGCCUGGUAGGAUGUUCAAGGAUUUCAACCCUUCUGCUACAAGGCCCUGUAAGGUAGGGCAGACUCCAGCCAUACUGCAAGCAGUUUAGGGUCUUUUGUUUUUAUUAUUUUUUUUAAAAUUUAUAUCAAGAUUUAAAUAUUCCUUGAACAUAGGGGUUACCCUUUUGCACUUUUCACAACGUGGUGCGGGUUUAAUGGUAAUAUCUUGAAUUAGGACUGAAGCACUCAAAUUUAGCAGAAUUUCUUAAAUGAAAACCACGAGUGAGACUGACAGUAUGAAAUUUGUGACCUCUGCUGAAAAAGCUGACUGGCACAUGCAAGCAGGUGACUCAUGAUGGGCACGUGUGCCAAUGUAAGGAAUCGGGCAAUUACCUUUGUAAUUUAGCAAUCGGAACAAAUUAGUAGGGCAAGUAAGGAUUAUAACAGAAUAGCCCCCUCGGAUAUUCCUCCUGUUUUGUUGCCCCAUUCAAGUCUGGUUCCUGUCCUGCACAUAAAUACCACCACCAUGGGUUGUAGCCCCCUAACAGAGGUGGUGGAGUUUUGGCAUCACUAAUGGAUAAAUGAAUCUUGCAAUCAAAAUGAGCUUUUCCUGUACUAAGCUGCACUAUUUAUUUUGCUGAUGAAGAAAAGCAUCAAAUAAAACAAUAAAUAAAUGGAACAAAA